AUGCUUGAACUCAUUCGUAAAAAGGCACAACAAGAUGCCAAAAGUAGUGAUUUACACGAUGAUGCGAUUCCGAAGCCAAAACCUGAAUUUGAAGGAGACGUCAAUCCUCAAACAGGGGAAGUGAAUGGACCAAAAAACGAACCUGUCAAAUACAACGACUGGAGCUUCGGAGGAAGAGUGACAGAUUUUUAA